CAGACACAGUCUGGAGCAGGUGCAAUCACUCCUUGAGAAUGGCAGUGGUAGUGCUGAUAUCUCUCAUCCUCCUCUCUCUGGGGUUUGCAGGUGAGUUAAAAAUUAGAAUCAAACUAUAUUUUCAUUUUGAUCUAUAUUGUUGUGUUAAUGGUGAAGUUUAAGUCACUCUGUCCCCCUUCAUGGCUUAGAUUUAAUAAGGAUGUUAGUCUGGCUUGGUUAGGGUGAUGCCUUGGGUAAAACUAGAAAUCAAAGAAAUCAUUCAUUUGCCUUUUCAAAAAGUGUAAAAAGAAAACAAGACACGGAUAUGCUUUUAUUUUUAAUCAGUGAUCCAUUAACCACUGUAGAGAAAACCAGAACCCAGGUGUGUAAGAGUUGAUUAGACUGUAUUCAGUUUAGCCUACUUCUCAGGACUACAUCAAAUGAAAGAAAUUGUCAAGAAAAUAUGAAAUAAUAACCAUUUCACUUAUUUGAUGUCAUUGUGAUAUUUCCAUUAAAACUACAGUUUUUGUUGUUGAUCUCUCCUUCUACGCCUGACCUAGAUACACAAUAGAAGUAAUGGUGUUUCGUAAGAUUAGUCUUACCAACACCCCUCUCAAUCAUCUUGAGUUCAAUUUGCCAUAUCAUAUAUUCUGAGUUGUACUAACCUCUUCUUUAGUAUGAAGGCUUACAGUAUUUUCUGUGUAUAAGUUGUAAUUAAUUUAUCAUUAGUAAUUCAAAUACAGCUUCCCCUUUUUCUGCUCACUAGUUUUCUGACACUACACUCUUAGAAAAAAAGGGUUCCAAAAGGGUUCUUUGCAGAGGGAUAGGGUUCUACCUAGAACCGAUUUGAUCAGAAGAACCCUUUUUGAAAGACAAAUAAAAUAAAAUAAAAUCAAGCUAUAUUUAUAUAGCACAUUUCAGACAUGGAAUGCAACACAAUGUGCUUUACAGGAAAAAACAAAUAAAAACAAAAAUACAAAUACAAAUAUUUACUACACAACAAACAUAACAGGAUAAAAAACAAAAUAAUAACAAUAAACUCCAAAUGUCUCAAAAGCACCCUAAGGAAAAGCAAACCUAAAAAGGUGUGUUUUAAGAUCUCUUUUAAAAAUGCCCACAGUUUUGUCCCCCCUCAGGUUCUCUGGCAGGCUAUUCCAGAGGCUGGGGGCAUAGUAACUAAAGAUUGCCUCUCCAAUAACUUUUAGAUGAUAAAAUGGUUCUUGGUAGAACCCUUUAUAGAGGGUUCUAGGUAGAACCAUAUACAGAGGAUUCUUUGAAGAACCCUACGUAGAGAGUUUGAGGUAGAACCCUCUGCAAAGGGUUCUACCCAGCACCAAAAAGCGUUCCCCUAUGGGAGCAAACCGAAGAACCCUGUAUGAUUCUACUUAGCAUCUCUUUUUUUCUGAGUGUAAAAGUAAUUACCAGCUGUAUCUGAUGGUAAAAUGUACAUUUCACAGUAUGUUCAGGUGCUGAGGAGUGUGUGUACGCUGCUGUUGGGAGGAACAAGGUGAUUGACCAAGAUCACCCAGGCCUGGAGUUGCUUGGAGAGUCAUUUCACUUACGGUGGACCCAUGACUCUAUAAUAGUUUACGACAACAGGAGGACUACUGAGCAGAAACAUCAGUCCACACCGAAUGGUUCUCUGUUACUAAAUAACCUUCAGCUGGAUAAUACAGGGACUUACCAGGUCACCAUCUACGACGACAUGGGAAAACUCAUUAGGUCUUCCACAACUCACCUGUGUGUGGUCUGUAAGUAGGCUACACAAACAGAAAGCAAACACAUGCACGCACGCAUGCAGCAUGCACAUACUACACACACAGCCAGUGUUAGGGAAAAUAUGUGAUCAUUACAGUGUGUGUUUUGUGUUCUCAGCGCCUGUGUCUAAACCACGUCUGACACAGAAAUGUACUGAUGCAUCUGUCAGUCUGAGGUGUGAUGUGGGCAACUCUGUGGAUGUUAAAGUGGUGUGGAGCCAUAACAGACAAACACUGCCAGACCACAAUGACACAACUCUGACAAUAACCAAGGCAAUGCUCAAACCUGUAGACAGCUACGUGUGUACAGUGAGUAAUAAAGCGAGUGAAGAGAAGAGUGACGAUGUUAACCCUGAAUGUGCAGGUGUGUAGGAGAUUCUAAAUUAAAUAAACAUAUCUGACAAUGAUGAUGAUGAUGAUGAUGAUAAUGCUGAUGAUUCUUCUGCAGAUGAUUCUUCCUCUACAGUGCUCUUGUUUGGGAUGAAGCCAUGGCUGAUGGUGGCGAUUCUGGCUAGUGGAGGUGGUCUGCUCCUCAUCCUCAUCAUCAUCACCUUGGUGUGUGUCUGCCAGAGCCGCAGGCAGCGCGCGAGACGCCUAGAAGGUACUGAACACACAUGAUUAAAAACACACCAGUUAUCUACAUGAUGAUAAAACAGUACUAUGAUAAAACAGAAGGCUACUCACAUUACAUGUAGUUACCAACAUCUAACUCCCUUACCCAUGAAUCCUAAUCCCUGAUGUUCCCCCUGUAGAGGAGGAGGAGAUGAGACUUGCGCCCCUCACCCAGCCCACGCGUCAAGCAUCCCUCCAUCACCACCAUCCCCCACAAAGAUCCCAGAGCCAAACCCGGCCAAAGAACAGAGCUACGUCGCAGGCCACACCAAACUCCAGACACCAGCUUCGACCCAGGCCUCCACAGCCAGAAUCAGAUGAUGCUCAGCCCAUACCAACGCCCAGACGGACAGGUCCCCAGAACCACAGGAGUUAGUUGUGUGCGUGUGCAUGUGCGUGUGUGGGCGUGUGUGCCUGCAUUCUUUCAUUCUUGUUAACCACAACAAUCCCUGUAGUCACACAGUGGUUCACACUUUGGUUGCAGCAGUUACAAAUAAAGAGCAAUGCUUCACUUAUGUAUAUAUGUCAGCUCUCUGUCUCCUUCUUCUUCUUCUUCUUCU